AUGCUGGGGUAGUAAUGGCGUCCUACAGUACGCAUUGUUGACGUUUGCUGCUAAUCCAUUUCAAGAAAAGUUUCAGGGAACUGUUGAGGAGAGAAUACGUGCUUCAGAGGAAGAUUUAUGAGUGCUCCACAGGACGCUGGAUCUGCUGAAGUUUUGUGAGAUACUUGAACAUCAGAAAUAGUACAAAAAUCAUCUUGAGAGAUGGAUGAUGAUGAUGCAGCUCUGCAUCGACUAGAGGGGAGUGACCCCAGCGUGCAGGUCGGGGGGCUUGUAGUGAAGAAGAAGAGCGCUGCAUCAGAGCAGCAUGUGUUCAGAACACCCGCUCCACGCACCUCACUCCUGGGCCUGGAUCUGCUGGCUGCCCAGAAACGCAAGGAACGCGAGGGAAAGGAAAAGCUGGAUACAGAUACUCAGCCCAAAAAAUCCAAGGUGUCAUCCUACACGGACUGGGAGGAGGGGAAAAGUGAUUCUGGGUCUGAUGAUGAUGAAGAUCAGGAGGAUGGCGAGAGCAGGAAUGGUAAAAAGGAAAGGAAGUACCGCGUCACUGGUUCAGAAACACCGUCAAACCCAGGAGGGGUUAGUGAGGAGUUCAGGCGUAGACAUCAACAGAGGGAGAAAGACAGACGUGAACAUGGGGUUUAUGCAUCUUCCAAAGAAGACAGGAGCAGAGAUAAAGACCAGCCCGGAGACAGGGACAAAGAUCAAGACCACUACCGAGACAGAGAAAGAAGAAAAGACAGAGAUGAACGUGAAAGCAGUCACAGUCGAGGAUCCAGCAGCAGUCGCUCUGAGCGUGGUGAUGGCUGUGUGAGAAGUGAGCGCUCACAGAGGGAUGGCUGGUCCGAGCGCCUCAGUCGUGGUAGUCGCCGUGACGAUCCUGAAACACCACGUAACAGACCCAAAGAUUUGUCCACUCCAUCACGCUCCAGCUGGGAUGAAGAUGAUAGUGGAAUUGGCAGCUCACGCCACUCACACUGGGAGAGCCCCUCUCCUACCCCCUCACACCGAGAGUACGAGCGCUCUGAGCGCAGCCAGCGUUCAGUCCGUGACAGUGAGAGGAGAGACAAUUCAAAUAGAGCUCAAUAUCCAGCAGACACUCCUCUGCCAACUCCCUCAUACAAAUACAAUGAGUGGGCCAAUGACAGGAAGCAUCUGGGCUCCACCCCUCGUCUUUCCCGAGGGAAAGGAGAUAAAAGAGAAGAUAGAGAGGAUGGCAUCCUUUUUGAUAACGAGGAAGAGAAGGAACAAUGGGAGGAAGAUCAGAGGCAAGCCGAUAGAGAUUGGUACAUGAUGGAUGAGGGCUUUGAUGAGUUCCACAACCCCCUGACAUCCAGCUCAGAGGAGUAUGUGAAGAAGAGGGAGCAGAUCUUGCAGAAACAGACCCAGAAACGUAUCUCCGCACAGAAACGGCAGAUAAAUGAGGAUAAUGAACGCUGGGAGACCAACCGUAUGCUUACUAGUGGAGUGGUUCAGCGCUUGGAGGUGGAUGAGGACUUUGAAGAAGACAAUGCGGCCAAAGUCCACCUGCUUGUCCAUAACCUUGUGCCGCCUUUCCUGGAUGGGAGGAUUGUCUUCACUAAGCAGCCUGAACCAGUCAUUCCAGUGAAAGACGCAACCUCAGACAUGGCCAUCAUCUCCCGCAAGGGCAGUCAGCUGGUCCGACGACAUAGAGAGCAGAAAGAAAGGAAAAAGGCACAACACAAACAUUGGGAGCUGGCAGGCACCAAACUAGGUGACAUCAUGGGCAUCAAGAAAUCAGAGGAUGGAUCAGACAAAAAAGGUGUAGGAGAGGAUGGAGCUGUGGAUUACAGAACGGAGCAGAAGUUUGCUGAUCACAUGAAGGAAAAGAAUGUAGCGAGCAGUGAUUUUGCUAAGAAGAAGACUCUGCUUGAGCAGAGACAGUACCUACCCAUCUUUGCUGUUCGCCAGCAACUGCUCAACAUCAUCAGGGAUAACAAUAUUGUGAUUGUAGUGGGGGAAACAGGCAGCGGUAAGACGACUCAGCUGACGCAGUAUCUUCAUGAGGAUGGUUACACCGGCUAUGGCAUGGUGGGCUGCACACAGCCCCGCAGAGUGGCCGCCAUGAGUGUGGCCAAGAGAGUCAGUGAGGAAAUGCACAGUAACCUGGGAGAGGAGGUUGGUUAUGCUAUCCGUUUUGAGGACUGCACAUCAGAGAAGACUGUCAUUAAGUACAUGACUGAUGGGAUUCUUCUGAGAGAGUCUCUGCGGGAGUCAGACCUUGACCACUACAGUGCUGUUAUCAUGGACGAAGCCCACGAGCGCUCCCUCAACACUGAUGUGCUCUUUGGGCUGCUGCGAGAGGUGGUGUCUAGACGCUCCGACUUGAAGCUCAUUGUCACCUCUGCCACCAUGGACUCGGACAAAUUUGCAGCAUUCUUUGGAAAUGUUCCUAUUUUUCACAUUCCUGGUCGGACAUUCCCAGUGGAUAUCUUGUUCAGCAAGACUCCUCAAGAGGAUUAUGUGGAGGCAUCUGUGAAACAGGCCUUACAGAUUCAUCUUAGUGGGAUGACUGGGGACAUCCUCAUCUUCAUGCCUGGUCAGGAGGACAUUGAGGUGACAUCAGAUCAGAUUGUAGAGCGAUUGGAGGAUCUAGAGAAUGCUCCGCCGCUAGCAGUACUGCCCAUCUACUCCCAGCUUCCCUCUGACCUGCAGGCCAAGAUCUUCCAGAAGGCUCCUGAUGGAGUGAGGAAAUGUAUAGUUGCUACAAACAUUGCUGAGACGUCUUUGACCGUGGACGGCAUCAUGUUUGUGGUGGAUUCAGGUUACUGCAAACUGAAGGUCUUCAAUCCUCGCAUUGGCAUGGAUGCCCUUCAGGUGUACCCCAUCAGUCAAGCCAAUGCCAACCAGCGGUCUGGUAGAGCUGGAAGAACAGGGCCAGGACAGUGUUACAGGUUAUACACUCAAAGUGCCUUCAAAAAUGAAAUGCUGACCACCACUAUUCCGGAGAUCCAGCGCACCAACCUGGCCAAUGUUGUGCUGCUGCUGAAGUCUCUGGGAGUGCAAGAACUUCUGCUCUUCCACUUCAUGGACCCUCCACCUGAAGACAACAUGCUCAACUCCAUGUACCAGCUGUGGAUUUUGGGAGCUCUGGACAACACAGGUGGUCUGACACCAACUGGGCGGCUUAUGGUGGAGUUUCCUCUGGAUCCAGCUCUGUCUAAAAUGCUGAUUGUGUCAUGUGACAUGGGUUGUAGUGCUGAUAUCCUCAUCAUUGUCUCCAUGCUGUCGGUGCCGUCCAUCUUUUACAGACCAAAGGGUCGAGAAGAGGAGAGUGACCAGGUGAGAGAGAAGUUCUCAGUGCCUGAGAGUGAUCACCUGACCUACCUCAACGUUUACCUGCAGUGGAAGAACAACAAUUACUCCAGCAUCUGGUGUAACGAUCACUUCAUCCACACCAAAGCCAUGCGCAAGGUGCGUGAGGUGCGGUCUCAGCUCAAAGACAUCAUGGUGCAGCAGAAAAUGAACCUGGUCUCCAGCGGCUCAGACUGGGAUGUGAUCAGAAAGUGCAUUUGUGCUGCAUACUUCCACCAGGCUGCUAAAUUAAAGGGAAUAGGGGAGUAUGUAAAUGUAAGAACAGGGAUGCCCUGUCAUUUGCACCCUACCAGUUCUCUGUUUGGGAUGGGUUACACUCCGGACUACAUCAUCUACCAUGAGCUGGUUAUGACCACAAAGGAGUACAUGCAGUGUGUAACGGCAGUUGACGGCGAGUGGCUGGCAGAGCUGGGGCCAAUGUUCUACAGUAUCAAACAUGCAAACAAGAGCAGACAGGAGAACCGACGGAGAGCCAAGGAGGAGAUAUCCAAUAUGGAGGAGGAGAUGUCACUGGCUCAAGAUCAGAUCAGGGCACGGAAAGAAGAGCAGGACAAGAAGAGCAAUCUUGGCAGCGUCAGGUCAACGAAGAUCUGCACUCCAGGAAGGAGAGAAGACACGACGCCUAUGACACCAAAGCGAACACCUGCACGAUUUGGCUUGUAGUGUUUAGUAUCAAAAAUGUAACAAACAUAAUAUUGCAAAUAUGUUGUAAUGCUCAUAAUGUUAUUAGGAGAUGGUAUAAUUGCUACUAUCAAUUUAAUUUAUUUAGAAAUGAUCAUCACAGUGCUUGUCACAUGCAGUUCCCUGGGUUGACCAGCAGUAGGUGCAAUUGUUUAAGAAGAAAAUUCUCUUCGCUUCAAAGUGAUUUGCCUCACUUGAAUAAAAAGUGGAUGCUAGAAAUACAAAUGCAAUUGAUUUUACAUUUAAGCAAUGGUUUAAAAACAAACAACUGUGUUAUUCAUGAAUAUUCUUGCCCAAAAUUAUCCAAUGUGACAUUCACAAAAAAAAAAAACACAAAAAAAAAUCAGCUUUAUUAUUUUUAAUUAGAAUAAAAAUGUCAUUUUUUCCAGUGGUUUGUGUAAAAAAAAGAGCAGCAUUUCUUCAUAGACUGCUGUAAUAUUCACAUUGUCACAUUUUGGCUUGUGAAAUGUAGAUGUUGUGCCGUUCUUUCACAGAACACAGAGCAGCCAUGAAUAUUAACUUCCUGUACUUUGAUAGGUCAGUCCCCUGUGGAUGUACCAUGUCUCUGUUAUUCUGACAAAAACAUUGCUAGAAUAUUUCAUCAUUUUGGUGGAAUCAACACUGACCGGGGAGGGGUCGUAUCCUGCACAGUCUUUGAUGCAAUUGGGCUUUAAAUCAUUGAACACAUCUACUGUGCACAGACAGAGAUGAUAUGCCUUCUGCUGUGAAUUCACAAAAACUACAGAAUAAUUAGCCGCUUGCCACAGAGGGUCAUUCUAAUUUCCUUCUAUAUUGUCAGUGCUCGGAUGCUCUGUUUACGUUUGUAAUAUUUGAGGUCCAUUGAACCUCAUCCUGUCAGUUUUCUUUUCUGAUAUAUCUGUAUAUUGUGUUUAUUGUCUGUUUGUCUGAUAUGCAGAAGUAGACAUAUGUUUAGACUAAAAUGAAAUGAACAUGUUUUUGUAAAGUGGAAAGUUUACUUUAUGUCUGAUUUGUGUUGUAUUGAAUAGUUUUUGCUUUGUUACCUUUACUUGUAUCGUGGUUAACGGAGCACUUCCCCAAGAUAAAUCACUGGUACAUGUAGACAUUUGUAACACUCUGCAGAGAGCCCGUAGCUCAGUGUCCUUGGGUAAAAAAAAUAAAUAAAAAAAUGUUUUUGGCUUUCGAGUUAUAUACAUCAUACUGGUGAAAAAUGCUUUGUCAUGUUUAAAUUUGGUUUAAUAGUUUUGAUUUGGAGAACAAAUUGUCAUUUGGAAAUAAAAUAA